GGACCUGGGUUUCAGUGAUGAGACAUGGGGUAUGAUGUAACCCGUUUCCAGGGGGAUGUUGACGAAGACCUUAUCUGUCCUAUUUGCAGUGGAGUCUUGGAGGAGCCAGUCCAGGCACCUCAUUGUGAGCAUGCUUUCUGCAACGCCUGCAUCACCCAGUGGUUCUCUCAGCAGCAGACGUGUCCGGUGGACCGUAGCGUUGUGACGGUCGCUCACCUGCGCCCAGUACCUCGGAUCAUGCGGAACAUGUUGUCAAAGCUGCAGAUCGCCUGCGACAACGCUGUGUUUGGCUGUAGUGCUGUUGUCCGGCUUGACAACCUCAUGUCUCACCUCAGCGACUGCGAACACAACCCCAAACGGCCUGUGACCUGUGAGCAGGGCUGCGGCCUGGAGAUGCCCAAAGAUGAGCUGCCAAACCACAACUGCAUUAAGCACCUGCGCUCCGUGGUGCAGCAGCAGCAGACCCGCAUCGCAGAGCUGGAGAAGACCUCCGCUGAGCACAAACACCAGCUGGCGGAGCAGAAGCGAGAUAUCCAGCUGCUAAAGGCAUACAUGCGUGCAAUCCGCAGUGUCAACCCCAACCUUCAGAACCUGGAGGAGACUAUUGAAUACAACGAGAUCCUAGAGUGGGUGAACUCCCUGCAGCCCGCAAGAGUGACCCGCUGGGGAGGGAUGAUCUCGACCCCAGAUGCUGUACUCCAGGCUGUAAUCAAGCGCUCCCUGGUGGAGAGUGGCUGUCCUGCCUCUAUCGUCAACGAGCUGAUUGAAAAUGCCCACGAGCGGAGCUGGCCCCAGGGUCUGGCCACCCUAGAGACAAGACAGAUGAACCGGCGCUACUAUGAGAACUACGUGGCCAAGCGCAUCCCGGGCAAGCAGGCUGUGGUCGUGAUGGCCUGUGAGAACCAGCACAUGGGCGAUGACAUGGUGCAGGAGCCGGGGCUUGUCAUGAUCUUUGCGCAUGGCGUGGAAGAGAUAUAGGAGCUCUCGACGGGCUAGCAGGAAGAGAUGGCGACCAGAAAACCCAUCACUCCAGCAGCUGGCUUCUGAGGCCUCCCUACUAUCCACAGUACCGUGGCCUACACGUGGGCCGCACGUUUCCCUACACUUCUGGCACUGAAGGGCCCAGGGCACUUUGCUCAGCCUUUCAGGUGGGAAGAUUCCUUCCUUUUGCCUAAUUUCUUCCCCUAAGAUGUCUGUAAAUUUUCAGUCAGUUUGGGAAAAGUCCCCACCUCUGUAUCUGUUUUCCUGCCUAGGGUCCCUGGUUCUAGAUAUUUUUAGAAAGCACAAAGAAUUCAUUUUCUCUAGAGGAUCAGGGCGGAGUGAGGACUAUCUGAUCAUUCCCCCUCCUCCAAAACCAGGGAAUCAGAGCGGGCAGGCCUGUUGACACUAAACAGCAUGCGAGGGCAGCUCUGGGGAGCAGACAUCCUGAAGAAAUGGUAAGGGUGGGAUCAAAACCCUAGAAAUAAGCAGUGAGGCCAGGAACUGGCCCUGAGGGGAACAGAUGGCCCUUAGGGGAAGACAGGACCUCUGUGCCAAGCAAUACCCUGUCCAGCCCACCUUCUGAGUGCAGGUUCCUGCUGCUUCUGCAGGUGUGCAGGCUGGGAUGCCGGAAUUUUCCAGAUGAGUUCUGCUUUCCAACAUUUUCUCUUAGUUAGGGAAUGACAGGGUUGGGGGUAGGGGAUUAGUCUGUUGGGGUGGAUGUGCUCAGCAAGAAGCAGCUCUCUGGCUUUUGCUGAUAUCAGGUAGGCACUGCCUCUGGCUUGGGCCGUAAUAGUUCCAUAGACCCCUCUCCAACCCUGUGAUUGUAACUAGUUAUUUUGAUAAUUUCCUUUGGCCAUUGUUGUUUGUAUUUCCUUCCCCCCUCCCACUUUUUUUUUUUUUAGAAUGGCCUGGUUAUGGCUACCCCACUUUUCCAGCCCAGCCACAUUGUUGGCAAUCUAAUUUAUUUACUUUUUUUUUUUUAAGAAAGGAAAAAGAAAAAAAAAUUAACAAAGCUCAAAACUUUCUUUUUGAUGUUCCUAUUGUGGGGAUUCUGGAUAGGGUGGGACAGGGAUGGGGGAUCUGUUUUAUAUUUUUCCUUUUCAGCACAACCAUUGGCUUUAAUAUAGGAAGGGCCAAGGGAGUCCUCGGCUGAACCUAUGUCUGCCCCAACCCUCCAUCACCCCAUCUGAGAUGAGGCGCUUCCUCUAUUCCAGUGAUGGAUGCGACAGCCCAAUAUCCAUGCCUGUGCCCUCUGGAGAACUUUGCUCCCAGCCCUUCCACUGGUCUUCUUGUAAAACUCUGUAUUUAUAGAGUGUUAAUUUUGAAGACAUUUCCACCCCCCAACCCCCGGUUUCCUUGGAGAUCCAGACUUGGAUUCUAAGCUUCACCAGGCAAGAUGGGAGAGACAUGAUGUCUCUGUGUCUCUGAGUACAGGCUGUGCUCUGGUCUCACGCAUGCCCUCUAAGGACUUCAGCUCCAUUUUCGGCUACCCGGGCAUUCCUUGAUCUUUAGGGUGGCUGGUAGAAUAAGAGAAGGGGAGGGAUAGAGGGUGUGAUUAUUUUAAAAGGCAGGUGUGAGUGGGGUUGAAGAGAUAUGGCCAUAUAACAGCUACUUCUCUCUUUGGAGUUUUAUUCCAGGCCAGUUUGCUGUGGGUCUGGGGAGUUGGGUCAUGCUCCACUGGGAAUGGGGUGGAGGGAUACAGCUUGAAGGGAGUAGGGAACAGUCCUAUGUUCCAGCUCCAGGACAUUGUGCUCAGGAAUUUGAAAACGCUGCUAUACUUAGUCUGGUUACUACAUUUCUUCCACUCCCCUCUGCCCCUGCCUGCCUUACCAAGGCCCAUACCCUCCUGUCGUUACCCUCAGACGGAGCCAGGAAGCUCAGUUAAGGCUUCCCUCCCCUUUGCACUAGUGUCUCUGCGGGUUGCUGGUUGUGUUAUAUGUGCUGUUCCAUGGUGUUGACUGCACUAAUAAUAAACCUUUUACUCAACUCUCAGUUCUUAAUCCAACAUCACUCCCUUUCUUGUGAAGCUUUCUCCUCUGCUUUGGCCUUUCUCUCACCCUGAUUCCCCUUAUUUUGCUUUAUAACCUACCCUUGUCUUAGAACUAACCUCUGUUUUAGCACAAUGUCUGGGAGUGUGCACCUCACUUUUUUGCCCUUUGUGCCCUCCUACCACCUUCCCUCCUGUCUCUUGGUCUGUAGCAGCCGACAUGUUCUCGCCAGUGAUCUGAACUGUGCUCUUUCCAGAGUUUGCCUUUGCCCCAAAUUCCAUGUCUUCCCUAAGUGCUCCUGGAGUUUUAGGACCGUUUCUACAGAAGGUAUGCAUGCACCCUUCUCCCUUGUCCCACAGGCACCUUUGUUUCGGAAUCUGGGAUUCCAUCGCCCAGUGUGUCCUAACCAAGAAAGUAAACACGGGGAAGGAG